AUGAGGGAUGAAAACAUAUAUGUUGUUGAUAAAAUCGUUGGAUGUAGAAAGAAAGGGGGAAAAAAGCAAUAUCUUGUGAAAUGGGAAGGAUACUCCGACUCGGAAAACACUUGGGAAGAUGAAAAGAACAUUUUUUGUAAAGACCUGAUAAAGAAAUACGAAGAAUCCCAAGAAAAGUUGAAAAGACCUAGCCGAAAGGUAGCCAACAGAAAAACUUCUCCGAAGAAACUUAACAAAAGCACUUCUGAAAAGACUAAAGUUAUCAUUAACGACUGGGAUGAAUUGGUUAAUAAAGUUAUUUCGGUGGAGAAAAAGGGAGCAUCCCUUAUGGUCUGGUUGCAGUUCAAAGAUGGAAAAAAGGGUAGUUUUCCAGCAUCACAAAUACAUAUAAAAUGCCCAUUACAUCUACUUGAAUACUAUGAAAAUAAUCUAGUUUUCUGUGAAGAUGGGGGAGAUAAUACCAAGUAA